AUGACAGCGACAUCAAGCACCAAUGGAGAUGCUGCUGGAGACGAGAAUGAGAAGCCAUUGAGCCUUCUCGAUCUUCCACCGGAGAUUUGGUCAGACAUCGUCAAGAUGGUGGUCGACGAAGAGCCCAAGAUCAAAGAUCUUUGCAGGCUCCAAGGCUCCCAGCGACCCGCGAAUGGUCACCAACCGCGGAUCACACAACUCUUGAAGACCAUUGGCUGGCAGAAUCGUCAACACAUCGGUGGCUUGCGAGUUUCUGACAGUUUUACUCCCGCGCGUGAUAUCGAUUUGUACACGUAUUACUUGCGCCAAGUGUUUGAGUGGGACUUUGGAUUUGUGCUAGAGCAACUCGACGAGCCAUCACAGCUGAGCGUGCACGAAGAUCCUACUUUCAAAGUCAGGUUCCUCUCAAAGUGA